CACGAAACCUGCCUCCUGGACCAGGUACUGGAGCUGAUUAUGAACGAGAAGCCCCCUACCAGUGCAAGUCUUUUCCUGAACGAGGACGCGGACAAACCCCCACUGCCGGAGCGAGGAAACUUAAGGAGGCGACUACGCAGGGCCAUGGAGAGGAGAGCGAGCAGCAUGAAGGAGAGGAUGAGCUCCAUCCGCAAAGACAGUGUCAAAGGUUUCCUGAAGAGGAACCUGUUUGUUCUGUUCACUGUUGCAGCUGUGGCUCUGGGUGUAAUCCUCGGCUUCGCUUUACGCCACCAGAACAUGUCCCUGAGGGAGAUCAAGUACUUUGCCUUUCCUGGGGAGCUACUAAUGAGAAUGCUGCAGAUGCUGGUUCUGCCUCUCAUCAUCUCCAGUCUGGUCACAGGUAUUUCCUCCCUGGACAGCAAGGCCUCAGGUAAGAUGGGUGUGCGUGCUGUGAUCUACUACAUGGUGACCACCCUGAUCGCUGUUUUCAUCGGUAUUGUCAUCGUGAUGAUCAUCCGGCCAGGGAAAGGCAGCAGGGACAGUCCUUUGGCAAAAAGUGGAAACAUAGAACCAGUUCAGGCUGCUGAUGCUUUUCUAGAUCUCAUCAGAAACAUGUUUCCUCCUAAUCUGGUAGAGGCUUGUUUCAAACAGUACAAAACUGUUUACAAGAAGAUUGUGCACACAAGGAAUGUGACAGUGACAGUGAACCUCACUGAAUCUCUCAACAUCACAGACUCUAACCUGAAUGUGAACCUGACCAGGGUGCUGCACACCAUACAGGAGAAAGUGGAGGAGACUGUCCCUAUAUCAGGCUCCUCUGCUGGAGUGAAUGCCCUCGGACUGGUGGUCUUCUCCAUGUGCUUCGGUCUGGUACUUGGCAACAUGAAGCAGCAGGGCCAGGCCCUCAGGGACUUCUUUGACUGCUUAAACGAAGCCAUCAUGAGGCUGGUUGCCAUCAUCAUCUGGUAUGCUCCAGUGGGCAUCCUGUUCCUGAUUGCAGGGAAAAUUGUAGAGAUGAAGGAUCUAGCACAGGUGGGUGGCCAGCUAGGGAUGUACACCGUGUCGGUCAUUGUUGGUCUCCUCAUCCAUGGCCUCUUUGUCCUGCCGCUGCUCUACUUCCUGGUGACCAAGAGGAACCCCUACAGCUACAUUGGUGGGCUGCUGCAGGCGCUCAUCACAGCUCUGGGAACCUCCUCUAGCUCUGCUACCCUGCCCAUCACCUUCCGGUGUCUGGAGGAGAACAAUCAUGUGGAUAAACGAGUGACACGUUUUGUCCUCCCUGUGGGUGCUACCAUCAACAUGGAUGGCACGGCCCUCUAUGAAGCCGUGGCAGCCAUCUUCAUUGCUCAAGUCAAUGACAUGGACCUAAACUUUGGCCAGAUUCUAACCAUCAGUAUCACGGCAACUGCUGCCAGCAUCGGAGCAGCAGGCAUCCCUCAGGCUGGCCUGGUUACCAUGGUGAUUGUAUUGACAUCGGUGGGACUGCCCACAGAGGACAUAACACUGAUCAUCGCUGUGGAUUGGUUCUUGGACCGCCUGCGUACCACCACCAACGUGCUGGGCGACUCACUCGGUGCUGGCAUUGUGGAGCACCUUUCCCGUGGAGAGUUGCAGAGUCAGGAUGACGACGUGCACAACUCUGUAAUUGAAGAGAAUGAAAAGCCCUACCAGCUUAUCUGCCAAGAAAAUGACACACUGAACCACCGCAACAGUGAGACCACAAUGUGA